AUGCCUCCUCAAAUAUCAGGAAAUGACGUUUUCUUGAGUCGCACCCUCAAGAAAUGGCUUUUCAAAGUUCUUAUGAACAAUAUGGAAAAGACAGGUGAAGAUAACUAUAUUAAGAUGAAACCUUACUUGCUUCAAUAUGACGUUAUUGAUAAUGAUAGACUACAUCGUACUCAUAAGAACAUGAAAAGAUUGAAUGAUCUUCAAGGAUUCAGUGCAGUUUUGUCGUCAUAUAAACUACAUGCAUUGAAGAAGCAUAGAGGAUUCAUCUAUGCUAUUCAUGAGAGAAUUACUACAUCUGCGACAACUUAUACUCCUAAGCAAUAUCUCUCCCUUGUCCAAUCCCCCACCUCAAAAUAUGGUGAAGAUGUUAUCAUCGGCGUCAUUGACUCUGGUAUUUGGCCAAAGCAGCCUAGCUUUCAAGACCAUCGUAUAAGCACUAAACCUGCUAUUUCAUAUAAAUGGAAGGGAUCUUGUGGGCAAGAGUUCAAUUCCUCCCUUUGUAACUUCAAGCUUGUUGGAGCCAAGUACUUCAACAAAGGGAAUUAUGUAGAUAAAGUGUCUUUUUUGGGUUACGGUCAUGGAACAGCUAGCAGCAUUGCGAUAAGAGCCAUGCUAGAAAUGUGUAAGCUCCAAUCUUUUUCCUCUUCUUGUUUUCCCUUCUCCGUUCAAGAGCAUAGCUUUGUAUAUUUGAAAUCUCAACAUGGUAUCAAGAGCUCAGGUUGCGAUCUGAGACUAGGUGUUGUUCAAUCGUAG